CAAAACUCAAAGAUCUGCGGCAGCGACCAUGUGCAAGUCUGGGGUGAAUAAGCUUUGCUUGCAUGCCUUAUAAUAUGGAUUGAUAAAUAGUAAGUAAUGGCCGUCAUUCUUGGCAACGGCCGCGGCUUGAGAGCCACACUGCAUAUUCAUCUUCAUUCAGUGGUAACACCAAUUCACCCACCACAAGGCUACAUACAGGCACACUGUUUCUACACCAAAUCACAACUUCAAGUCUUUUAACUAACAUGAAAAAUGCCUCUUCUUGAUUUACUAAAGAAAAAGGACAAAGUCGGAGGAAAUGAUGCGCAUUCCCCACGCGCCGAUCCAGAAGCUGGUCCAGUUUUCACAUUUAUGAGAAGUGUAAGGUUGCUACAUACAGCGGAUGAAAUAGUACCUCAUUGCUACAACAUGGCUAACAGGACACAAGGAUACACAAACAGAAGAAGUGAUAUCUCCACCGAGUUUCUCUUCCUCGGAAGCAUCCUUGCAACCUUCGGCGGGCAAACCAAACAAUGAAUCGCGAACGAGUCGACUAUUCAGAGGACGGCCUAGAAGCAACUCGCCCGAAUCGGGAAAGUCGGGCACAUCUGGCGCAUCAAAUUCUUCAAGAAUUAGUGAUCGGUCACCGUCAAGACCAGUACAGAAUAGUAAAAAAAUGUCAGAACGGUUUGGUUUGCGCAAGCAUGAAGUAGGAUCUUCGCAUGUUCCGAGCGAUUUGCCGGAGAUUACAGUGGAAGAGGCUGCGUCAGAUGAUAAAAGUGCGGAAGUACAAUGGGAGAAGAGGGCUACCAUAUUGGCACAACAAAAUGAAAGAUCAAUAAGCAGACCAGGUUCAUCAUCUGGCAGUCCACCAGGUAGCAAGAAUAGGAAUCCUGGGGAAAUCUCCAGGGCGAUAAGCCCGGGGAGAAAUACUUCGGGUGUGGUGGCUAGCAGAACUGUAGAUGAUGAUCUUCAGGAAGCUAUUCGGCUUCAUGAGGAAGGUCACCUGGAGGAAGCAACAAAGUUAUUUGCAAGAUUGGCAGACCCUAAUGGUGCAAAUAAUGCUCUUUCUCAAGUCUUAUAUGUAAGCUCUACUUAGCUCAUUUCUAUCACAAAUCCGCCUGACAUGAGGGUGGUAAAGCUUUAGCUCAACAGCUCUGCCAACCUAUGUUUCUCAGGUAUUGCCGAACUUGCCAGCAAAGAUCUUCUGUUAGGUGCACAUUCCCGUCUAAUUGCUAAUAUUUCGUACAGGGUCUUGCUCUCAGGUACGUUAAACAUGGCCCUUUAUACGACCUGCAUCGGGCCGUCUGCUUGAAGAACAAGCCGAUCUCUUCCGGAUAUCGAUUAUUACCAUUUCGGGUCUUGACUAACAGUACAGACAUGGCUGGGGAUGUCAAGCUAAUCCAGCUGAAGCCGUCACCUACCUUUCGGCAGCAGCAUCAAAUGCAGCAGCAAGUAUGUACCUACCUUGAAAAUCUCAUCACGUUUCAAACAGGCUCUUCUUUUUGUCAUGAUUCCUCACAUUGGCAUAGUACUGACUUCGUGGAUAAGUCGAGGAGCUUGCGCUGCAGUCCGGAAAGAUGAAAGGGGGAGCUGCUAAAGGAGAGCUCGUCAUUGCGAUUUACGAACUAGCAAACUGCUUCAGAAAUGGUGAGGAUAUUCCGCUGAGUUGUCAGCUUUGUUCCUGGCAGAUCUCUGCCAAGAUCCCGGCUCUAUGUUGAUAAAUUCUUUGCCACCCUUGAUUGUCGUUGAUGGGUUUAGAGGAUGAAUGUCCUAAUCAAGUAAUACUGACAUUUUGGGUCUUCUUCAGGCUGGGGUGUUAAGGUAGAUCCCACAGCAGCACAGAAAGUAAGUGGGCUCCAGUUAUUGGGUCGCGGGAAAGCCCGCUUGUACAUUACUGAUGUUAAUGUAGUACUACCAAACUGCCGCAGAGCUUGGGGAUACAGGUAUGCACGAAGCUUUCGCCUAACAUAAUUAUCAGGCCAUUCACUGACAUUACCGUAGAUAGCAUGAAUGAGGUGAGCCUACGCAGUUCUUCCUAUUUGGAAGGCAAAAGUCUGCCGAUACUUAUAUCGGGCUACGAUGUCGUAUUACAUAGAUCUUGAUCAAGGCAAACUGACUAGUCAUCACAGGUUGCACGGUGUUACUUAGAAGGAUUUGGUAAGCGUCCUGUCUCCCCAGCAACCAAGUUCGAGCUCGAACUCGUAAUUCUCACGUUUGCCUGAUCUAAAUAUGCUGACCACUCUCCCCGCAGGCUGCAAAAAAGACAAAGUAAGUUCGCCCGGUCGUUCGCCAACCUCUCCUCUACAUACAUCCUCUCAAACACCAGCCUCGGAUCUAACAAACCACUACUGUGGCUUGCGCUGUACGCAUGGAUCUUUUACAUUGCAUUUGGGCAGCAAUGAAGCAACCUUUUCAUGCACCCUCAACCGAAUGCUGAACCCCUGGCAAACCCUCAAAAUAUUCCUAGCCAUUCACAAGAUGAGGCUGAUAGUUCCUUUUGGGUAUGGUCCCGUUACCAUUAGCAAUACUAACUCGAAUUUUUUGCAGUACCGAGCAGCGUACUAUCUUCGCAAAGCCGAAAAUGCGGGUGUGAAAACUUUAGGCAACUCUUGGUGAGCUUUUCCUUUUCCUAUUUGGAACCCGUAUCUGAAGAAAAUCCUUUCGGAAAAUUUCUGCUUCAUGGGAAGCUGUCUCAGCCUGGUUACUUCAAGGUCUGUAUUCUUUUCAGCGGCAGCCCCGCUCCAGUCAUUUAGUGAUGGUUCGUUCGUUCAUUGUCUUGGUGAGUGGGGUACAACGAUAUGCAUCUGCUAUCUUCAUGCAUUUCAUAGGUACAUUGGUACGGAAAAUCAAUUGGCUCACAUUGUCUCCUCGGCAAUGUCGGUUAGAUAUAUACCUUGUAGAGAGAUGUUUGCUGAUUAUAAUUGGUCACAUGAAUAUAGGAUUUGGAAGGAUAAAUACAAUCCCAAGAAAUAAAAAUUCGAAAACGGAAGUUCUAAAUAAUUAGGACUAGGGAAGUUGAGGGUUUGCUAAAGAUAAGAUACUUUUUGGACGAAUGACUAAUGCGUUUUGUUCACAUUUGCUUUUCUUUUUUUUAGCUUCGCUAAGCUUCGGGUCGGGUCGAGAGAACAAACGGUCUCCAGUUACUUGAGUUGGGUUAGGGUUUUCUUUUUCGUCUUUGGCUAAUGCUAUUCGUUGAUAUUUCACUUUCAUGGAGCAGCUGGAAACGGUCACAUUGGAUUGGCAUCUCGGAGUUCUUUACGUAUUUUACGGUACCUGAAAUACCUGGGCUGGCUUAUUCAUACCUCUUUUAAUCCUAGUUCUAUUAUAAAACUUCAUCUACUAAACCUAAUU